UCUGGCCACCGCGACCGACGUUUGGUCAUUAGGUGACUGAAGCUCGUAGUGUGCGGACACUCCAGCAGCGCCUUCAGUCCGACCCCGGGACCGGGAGAAGUCAGACAGAGGAGACUUUACGCACAGCUCUGCUGAGGAGAUGGAAUGCAUUGAAAGGACUCCGACUCCGUGAAAGUUUACGUUUUUCUCGUGGAAAAGCAAAUUACAGACAAUUAAUCGGAAUGCGGUCACGCUUCACAUUCGCCUUCUUUUGAGGUGCAGCAGAGGAUGACACCUGCACCCCCCUUGGCGCGGACCACACUUGGCAUCUUUGAAUAGUAGGUCAAAGCUUCUGCGAGAGUGACUUUCUGCCUCUCAUUCUGCACUCAGAUCACAGUCCCGCUCUCUCUGGUCCUUGGUUAUUUUCUGCAGCUGCAAAAUCAGUGCAUGUGUUGCGCUCCUAUAGCCUAUGUCUUCAUCUUUGCACCGUCGCGGACUGCGGCAGGAACGCACAAGCGGGCAAUCAUCUCGUACCUGGACUGCGCGUAAACGCAGCACUCUCUGACAUGCCUGCACUACUCACCUCUUCAUGAGAUCACACCUCCUGGAUAUUUAGAAUAAAAGAAAAGGAAAAACUUCCUCCUCAUCACCAGUGAGGCAGUAUAAUCUGUGAAGCACUGACUGACUCACCAUGGGCACCGUACUAUCGUUAUCACCCAGCUCUCGCAAAUCAGGCUACUAUGACAACCGUCCCGGCUCUCUCAGCCACUACCCGAGCCUCAGCAGCCGCUCCCUCAACAGCCAAAAAGACCGCGGGCUAAAGAGGGGCCAGUCCAUCUUCCUCCCAGCACUCACAUGGAAGAGACUUGUGGCCUCUACAAAGAAGAAGGGCAACUCGAAGAAAGGCUCCGGUGGCCCGGUGGCCCUCGGGGAUCCUCUGAAUAACAACAACAACAUUAACAUCUACCAGAAGGAUCCCGUGCUGCACCUCAACCGUGAGAAUGUGAAGAAGUCGCUGUCAUGUGCCAACCUGUCCAGCUACGAGGGCCCAGCCGGUCUGGGUCUGGGGCUCGGCUACGGACUGGGGAUGGGUCAGGGACAUGGAUAUGGCUACACCAAAUCCCAGCAGCUUUCCUCUGUGAAAAAAGUCCCCCAGGGCACGGUGACCUCGUCUCCGAAGCGCGUCAUCGUCCAGGCCUCCACCAGCGAGCUCCUCCGCUGUUUGGGGGAGUUCCUGUGCUGUCGCUGCUACCGCCUGAAGCAUCUGUCUCCGGCCGAUCCGGUGCUCUGGCUGCGGGCUGUGGACCGCUCGCUGCUGCUGCAGGGCUGGCAGGACCAGGCCUUCGUUACUCCGGCCAACGUGGUCUUCGUCUACAUGCUGUGCCGAGACGUAGUGGAUGGUGAUCUAGUGGCGUCGGAGCACGAGCUGCAGGCCAUCCUGCUCACCUGCCUCUACCUGUCCUACUCCUACAUGGGCAAUGAGAUCUCAUACCCUCUUAAGCCCUUCCUGGUAGAGGCGGGCAAGGAGGCCUUCUGGGACCGCUGCCUCGCCAUCAUCGACGCCACAAGCUCCAAGAUGCUGCGCAUCAAUGCAGACCCGCACUUUUUCACACAAGUAUUUGCUGAACUCAAGAGCGAAGGAGGCUGCGGCCCUCAGGAUUAUAGCCGGGUGCUUGAUCGGUGAGCACCCAUCCUCGCUGACCACAUGCCUUUGUGUACACUCAUGCACUCGUACACACACACACACAUAAUUGUCAUGCAGAUUGCUCCACCCCUUUUUCUUCUAUGAAGGCCUAUCUUAAAAGAAUUACACAGAAGUAUUGAAUCAUUGCAUUUGUGCUUGUUGCCAUUGUCCCAUCCGUCCACAGAUAACUGGUUGAGUGGGGCUUACAGCUGUUUGUGAGGUACUUUAACCAUUUGGUCCACCUGCUCCCUCCCGUGUCUGGUCCCAGUCGUCCCAGCUACUCCUCUGUAUCUGCACAGCCUCACCUUAACAUUAUCGAUCUGUAUGCACAAGGCAAGGAGAGAAAAUAGGGCUCAGACAACAUAGUCCACAUGAAAAUUUCAUGGAUAAUACAAAGCAACAUCUUGACAUCCUCCGCCGUCUCAUGUGCCCGCGGUUCAGACUGACGGGAACAGCUGAGACGUCCAUGUUUGCUCAGUAGAACAAAACGAACAGGCAGUGUGUUUUUGUGGAGCCUUUUGAGGGAACACUUGCUGUUUGUUGUUCCCUUCACUCACUCAAACCUGCCAGCGGCUCCACCCCGUGUGUUAAAGUCUCAUUUAACCCCGAGGAGGAAGCCGAACAUGCGUUUACCGUGGGCAUGUUUGGUGCGAGCGCACGCAUGGCCGUGCGCGCAGGCAUCGUGCGCUGGACGGCAGCCAAGGUCAUCAGCUGUUUACCCCAUCCUUUGUUCCCUGCGUCUUGUUGACAGGGCACCCACAGCCGUGGUAUUAAUGAGAUUAGCCGAUUACUGCUGCCCCUCCCCUACGUCAACCUCUCCCCCCUUCUUGUCCGGUCCACAGCCCUGCAGACCUUCAGUGGCUAAUCCAGCCCAGGCAGGACUGGGCAGGACUAUAGACACACACACACACAUUAAAAUACUUUGCUGUGUGUGCUUUAUUCUCCAUGCUGCGUGAAUGUGCGGCACACGUGUGCAGCUCGGGGUCCGAGGUGGAGGCAGGAAAUCUUUCCAGAGGCCAUCCAGGCAGAAAUGACAGAAAUGUUAUUGCUGCUUCUGAAUUUGUCCCACUUUCUCAUCCCUCACCUGCGCAUCCUCAUCUGCCAUCAAGAGGCUCUCAGGAACUGGGAGUUCAUUUCUCUCAUGUUCCUCCCUCCGCUCGACUAUUCCCUUGAAUGAAGCCAUUGGCAUUUGUGCUCCAGUGGCUUUAAUCCCUGGUCCUCGUGUGUGUUACUGUGCAUGUCAGUGAUGGGUCACAGAUGAGCUCCAAGUUCGUCGUUUUUAGAUUUUAAGGGCUUAUCAACUGCAUUUGAACCACUGUAGUCAUAAGAAGAUUUGAUUCUACAGUAAUUUAUAUUUGGUGGCUUUUUAUUUUUUUCUGGGAGCUCUCUCUUCUUUUACAUGCAUGCAGGGGAAGCCAGAGGAAGGGAGAGCAGCUGCAAGACCCAGCUGAGAACAGAGCAGCGGCAGCAGACGUGAUAUUUAUUAAGUCAGACACAGCAUGGAGGGACGAGCUGGGGUGGAAGUGGGUUGCAAAGUGACUUGCCCUAUAUGAGAUAGCAAGUUGGCUCUGUAGAAGGGUAUCGGCUGAGCAAUCAGCUGAUCUGGGCUGAUGUCAAAAUCAGCUAAUAUGCCAAGAUUGCGGCUGAGCUUGACUUCAUGGCCGCCGUGAACUAGAGCUACAUCUCGUAAUGCUGACAGCACAAUAAAAGCUCGAUUAAAGGCCAAAUGUUCCAAUUUUCAGAAAAACGCUAGACGUAUGGAUUCUUUUAGAUUUUUUAAUCAAGGUUGAUAAACUCACAUAUUUAAAGGGUUUGGGGGAGAAAAAUGAAGAGGCUUCCCAACUUAUUUUGGGCUUAUGCUCCUUUAAAAAUUAAAUGUGUGUCUGUGACUCAUCGCUGAUGCGUAUGUUGUCUGAUUGUAAAACUUGUUUUUAAAAGAAAAAUGUAAGUCA